AUGGAUAAAUUAAAUAAAGAACAUAUAAUUAGUAUAAAUGUAGGAGGGAAAAUUUACAUGACUACUCUUAAUUUAAUAUCUCGAUACAAAAAUUCACGUUUAUAUGAAAUAGUACAAGAAAAAUUGACCAAUAUAUCUGAUUUACCAAACGAUAUCAAUAAGAGGGAAAUAUUUAUCGAUCGAAAUGGUAAUCGAUUUGAAUAUAUCCUUGAUUUUUUAAGAGAUGGGGUCUUAAUAUGCGAAAAUGAUAUCACUGUCCUAACUAGGAUUUUAAUUGAAGCUAUUUAUUUUAAAUUAUUUUCUUUAAUGAAAAUAAUAAAAAAAAAAAUAAAUUUAUUAUAUUCAAAUAUGAAUAAUAAUGUAAAUAAAAAUAUUUUUAAAAGAAUUAUAAGUACAAUAGAAAAAAAUAGAAAAGAGGAAACAAACAAAUUGGUAAAAUUGUCUGGAAUUAUUUCUAAUUAUAAUGAGCUAAAAUAUUUUAAUUUAAAAAAAAAAAAAAAAAAAAGUUAUAUAACCAUUUUAAAUAAUUCCAAUAUUAUUAACGAAAUUAACCAAGUGAAUAAAGACAUCGAAAAGGUUUUUUCCAGACCUGAUAAGAAUGAUUCUACAAAUUUAUUGUCAACAAAUUUUCAAAAAAAUGAAUCCACAAAUAAGUUAAAUUUGCAAUCCGUCACAAAUGAAAAAGAAAGAAAGAAAACAAAUGCAUAUAAAGAAAGUUAUUAUGAUACAAAUAUAAAUUCUGAAAAAAACAUGAACAGUCAGGAAAAAAAUUCCAACAUUUAUAAAAAAAGUGAGUCACCAAAUUUUGAAAUUUCAAACAAAAUAGAAAGAGAAGUAUCAAAAGAUAUGUUGAAUAGCAAUUUAAAAAAUGAUGUCGAUAAAAUGGAUAGCCAUCUUAGCGAUACAAAUUCCUUAGAAAAAAAUGAAAAAGAUAUUCAUGCAAGUUCGGAAUAUUAUAAUGCAAAAACAAUUGGUCAUAAAUAUGUUUCCUUUUCAGGGGAAAAUGACAUAAUUUUUUACACUAAUAGCGAGACUUUAAGCGAUGAAGAACAAUUUGGAAACAUAAAAAAUUCAAAAGAUGAAAAGGAGGCAAAUAGUAACUCUAAGAACAUAAGUAGAUUAAGAAAUAUAAAUGUUAUUAACAACAAAGUUAGUGAAUUGAAUUAUAAUAAUUAUAUAGGGAAUAAUGAUUAUAUAGGAUAUCGAGAUUUCGAAAAUGAGCAUAAUAAUUUCCCAAAUUAUAUAAAUAGUGUGUGUAAUAAAAAAUCUACAUAUAAUUAUAACAAUUAUGAAUAUAACAAUAUGAAAAACAAUGUUAGAAAUCCUAUUAUGGUAUAUUCAGAAAUUGAUGAUGUUGAAGAAACCUCCAAUUAUCCUAUUAUGCCAAACAUAAAUUUAGGAGAACAAAUUUUUAGUACUACUGUAGAUUUUUAA